AUGUUAGCAAAUUUCUCAGAAAUACAAGUAUGUAUUAUUUUAAAAAAUUUGUUAGAAAUUUAUGGCACAAAAACUCCAAAAGAUGCACCAAUUAAAUAUGAAGAUUUAGAACGUAUGCAUUAUUUGACUUGCGUUAUUAAGGAAACUCUAAGACUUUUCCCCACUUUUCCUUUAAUUGGACGAUAUCUAGAGACUGACUUAAAAAUAGGAAAUAAUAUUAUUCCAAAAGGUACCAAUAUUAGUAUAUCAAUUCUCCAAAUGCAUCGAGACGAAACAUAUUGGCCAAAUCCAUUAAAAUUUGAUCCAGAGAGAUUUCUUCCGCAAAACCUACAAAAUUCUGAAUUAUCUUGCUAUAUGCCUUUUAGUAGCGGGCCAAGAAAUUGCAUAGGUAUGUAUAAAUAAAUUAUAACUCAGCUAACAGACGU